GCUCCGACUGUCCCGAAACCCCGCCCCCUUUUCUCAACUGACCGUUCAGGAGCAACUCAAGUUUGGGAACAAAACUUCAAACAUUUCGCUGAAUUAUAAAGAUUUAUGUGACUUGACGUACUAUACACACUUGAUUUUCACUUACAGCAUAUUAAUGCGCACACAAUGACGCGAGAGGAGGACCUGUUGCGGAUUGCCAAAAAACUAGACAAGAUGGUGUCUAGAAAUAACAUGGAUGGAGCUCUAGAUCUUCUGAGAGAAUUGAAAGAUUUCAACAUGACACUGAAACUUCUUCAGGAUACAAGAAUCGGCAUGUCCGUCAAUGGAAUAAGAAAACAUUGCACAGACGAGGAUGUUGUCAACUUGGCAAAGAUUCUGAUCAAAAACUGGAAGAGGCUUUUAGAAUCAGCUCAGAACCCAAAAUCUGAGAGGCCAAAUGAGGUGAAGAACGGCAGUCAUCCAAGCAAGCCAUCGGGAUCACCCAGCAGGACUUCUCCUGAGAAAGACUCCAGUCUGCGAAGAUCGACGGCGGAAAUUAAACCAGACUUAGAUUCUAACAAGAAACUUGAUGAAAAACAAAGGAGAGAGAAAAUCGACGCAGAGUUCAGGAAGGAAAAACGAGAAAGUAACCAGAAAAAAGAGAAACAGUCAAUUAACAAUAAAAAGGAUCAAGAGAGGAAAGAUGCACUGAACAGUGAUCAUCUUCCCUCCCCGUUGACGCUUUCGUCUGUUCCACUUAAGUGUCCUCCGACUGGGGAGGUGAAAUGGGAAAGGAAAGAUGCUCCGGUUGAUUUUUUUCCUCCUCCUUCCAUCAAUUCUCAUCCUCCUCUAAGACGCUCAUCAGUUGAUGUAAAGAGAAAAGACACUCAGAGUUCUGUACACUCUCCUGCUCUUCAGUCUCAUCCUCCUAAACGCCCCUUCAUAGAUGGAAAGAAGGAAAGGAGAGACACAAAUGAUCUUCUUUUUCCUCUUCAUCAUCCUCUUCCUCCUCCUCCUAUUCCUAUCCCUAAGCGCUCAUCAGAAGUGAAGAAAGAAAGGAAAGAUCCUCCUGAAAUGUUACCACCUCCUACUCCUGUCCUUUCUACACCCCCACCUCCUCCUAAACGUGUCCUUUCCCCACCUCCACCUCCUCCCAAACGUGUCCUUUCUCCACCUCCACCUAAACAUGUCCUUUCUGCACCUUCACCACCUCUUCCCAAACGUACAUCACUAGAGGAAAACAAGGAAAGCAAAGAAAGGGUCAAAAAAGCAGCUGAUCCGAAUGCUCCUCUUGCUCCUUUACCUUUUCAUCUGCAUCCUCCUCAGAAACGGGAGAUGAAGAAAGAAAGAAAAGAAACUGUGGAUCCCAGUGCUCCUUUCCCUCCUGUUCCUCUUCAUCUUCAGCCUCCUACACCUACAAAACGUCCCUCGUUAGACACAAAGAAAGACAAAGAGAAAGAGAGAAAAGACACGUCAGACCCGAAGCGACGAACAUCUGAGCACAAUGAGAGAGAAAGAAAAGACACAUCAGACUCGAAGCGACGAACGUCUGAACACAAUGAAAGAGAAAGAAAAGACACAGCAGACCAGAAGCGACGAACAUCUGAACACAAUGAGAAAGAAAGAAAAGACACGUCAGACCCGAAGCGGCAGACAUCUGUACACAAUGAUAAAGACAGAAAAGACACAAGAGACAAUAAACUUCUCAAAAGGCCAUCAAUGAAGAUCAAGAUUGAGAGAAAGGACUCCACAGAUUCCAAAAAGCCUCUUCCUAGGAAGCCGAGCCUGGAUGGACGAAGAGACAGUAAGGACUCUACUGACUCCAAGUCAAGCAAUCACCUUUUGAAACGACAAUCAAGUGAGCCAAAAUUGGAGAGGCGAGAUUCUACUAACUCAAGGUCUGGCAGCUCACCUCAGGCCAAGAAAUCCUGUGAAAGCAAGAGUAAACCAGAGACCCCAAAGACGCCCACAACACCCACAAGCCCCCUGUCCCCAUCCUUCAGCUCCAGUGCGGGGCCUUUAUCUCCUCGCCUGCAAACCGGAGACUCCAUCAGGGACAAAUGCAUCGAAAUGCUGACUGCUGCGCUCCGUACAGAUGAUGACUACAAAGACUAUGGGACAAACUGCGAAGCUAUGGGUGCAGAAAUCGAGGAUUAUAUAUACCAGGAGACAAAAGCCACAGACAUGAAAUACAAAAACAGAGUCCGCAGCCGCAUUAGUAACCUGAAGGAUCCCAAAAAUCCCAAUCUGCGCAAAAAUGUCUUGGCAGGGGCAAUCGAGUUGAGCCGCAUCGCCUCCAUGACUGCUGAGGAGAUGGCCAGUGAUGAGCUGAAGCAGUUGAGGAAUGUUUUGACCCAGGAGGCCAUUAGAGAACAUCAGAUGGCGAAGACUGGAGGAACCACCACUGACCUGCUGCAGUGCGGCAAGUGCAAGAAGAAAAACUGCACCUACAACCAGGUGCAAACCAGAAGUGCUGAUGAACCAAUGACCACCUUUGUGUUGUGCAAUGAAUGUGGCAAUCGCUGGAAGUUCUGCUAACCUGAAGCAAGAACUCCAACAACAAAGACCAUGUAGGAUUCUUCUUUUUUUGUAAUUGGAAGAGAAAUUAAUAUCACGCAUUCUUCUAUCAUGGCCCUGAAUUAUGUGUAAAUGAUUUUUAUACAGAGUUACAGACAUUUUGUGUGUAUUCUGUAGAUUCUUAAUUAUGGUAAAAAACUAAAUUACCAAGGAAAUGUACAUUUCUUAAAAUUCUACGCUUUUGUACUGUUUUAUGAAUGCCAGAAUUGAUUUUUUACUUGAUUAAUCAGUUUAUUAUACAGAACAAAAUAAUAAUAAUGGAUAACAUUUACAUUUGACAGUUUAAAUUCAAUUUAUGAAGAGAAUCCUAAUAUAUUUCAGAUGUAGCAGCUGCUUUUUAAAUGGAUCUAAAACAUUUUUUUAAAUUAUGGUUAUGCAAAAAAUACUAUAGAAAAAAUGCAAAAACAUGGUUUAAUUCAAACAAUAAAUGUAAUACUGAUUUGAAUAAAUUGUGUAAGUGAUUGUCUAA